AUAAUUUAUAAUUUUUAGCUUUAACAUUUGCAUCUUUAUUUAAAUAUAAACAUAACCAAAAUCUCGACACCUAAAGUUCAAGAUCCGGCUGAACUGAACCAUUUAGCUGGCCAACUCCUGAACCGGAACCCGUUCACUCGGACCCUGUCCUACCUCAACCUUUUGGCCCCAGACCCACCGAUCACAUUCCACAUAUGUGCAGCAUAAACUCUUCACAAAUGUGGGCCGAAUUUUGAUUUCAAUUAUAUUUAAUAGCAGCAUAAACAACAGCAAAGGCAACAACCUAAAUAACUAAAACUGGAAAAGGUAGCCGGCGUGUCCUAUAGCCCAACCCGGUUCCUUGACCCUUCUUCUGAUGAUUUCCAGCUCACACUGAGAGAAUCAAAUGGCAAAUGAUGCACAUCCGGAGCCACUGAAGAGCAGCCUGAUUAAGUUCUUGCUUUGUGGCAUUGCGGAACGUUGUUGCUUGUCUCUGUACAUGUCCACAUCCGAUGCAGUGCGAUAUCUAUAAGAUACAUACAUAUGUAUAUAAGUGUUGCUGCCCCUUGCGCAGAUGAAAACAAAUUGCGGCUUUUGUGCUCAAAUUUAUGCUGAACUUGUUGAAAUCGAAAUCGACAAAAUAUUUAUGUACGAAAAUGCGAGGAAGCAGAGGAAGAGGAAAAAGGAACAAUAAUCCAGCCUGGUGGAAUAUGAAAGUAAAACCCAACCGGACGACCUUCCUGAGAACGCACGAAAUUGUAAAUUUUUGGCAGGAGGCGCCGCCUAUAAAAGGCAGAAUCCCCAAUCGAUCCCAGCACAGAGUUCUCUAGAGCGAGUACUAGUCCACCACACUAGCAGCGCCUUAAAAAAAUUUCAAAAAACUCCCAAAAAUCUUAAACAGCCACGCUUGAGAAGAUGUACUUGCUUAAUCUUUGCCUGAUUUGUACCACCAUCGGUUUGGCCGUCGGUUCACCAACCUUGGAGUACGGAGCCCCACCAACUUCGGAUACGAUCAGUCAGUAUCACCACCAGGAUGAGCAUGGCCAGUACGCCUAUGGUUACAUGGCACCACUGUACUCCAAGCACGAGACCCGCACCGUGGAUGGUGUGAUCCGGGGUACCUUCUCCCACGUUGAUGCCAAUGGCGAAACCCAGACCGUGGACUAUGUGGCCGAUGCCGAGGGCUUCCAUGUAACCUCUAAUCUGCCCAAUCAGCAGGCCAAUCAGGAAACCCCUGAAGUGGCUGCCCUGCGAGCACAGCAUCUGGAGGCCCAUAACCAGGCCAAAUUGAGGUUGGCCGGAGACUACUCCGUUGGUCCACAGCCUGUGCAGGACACUCCCGAGGUGGCCGCCGCUAAGGUUGCAUUCUUCAAGCGUUUCGAAGCCGAGAAGCUGCGCAACAAGUUGCUCGCCGAGAAGAAAGUUCUGGUGAUAGCGAAUCCAACUCCCAUCGCUGUUCGUUCCCAGCCGAUAUAUGUCUACCAGCCCACCACAGGAUUCGUUUACAACUAUCACACCAAGACGCAGGACCAAGUUCCCUCCAGGAACUACCUGCCAGUGGUCUAAUGUGGUCUAAUCUUUGGAUUGGUCGUCUUCGAAAAAUUAUGUUAAUUGUUGAGCAAUAAAUGAUGCA